UCUCCUCUGCAGCCCGGGCUGUCACUGCGCCACCGGACGGGCCGGAGAAGCGGGUGUGCGAGGCUGCCCGCCCCCCUCUGCUGCUCGCCCCGGCCUUAGCCCGCUGUCGGUCCCCGCCGGGCGACCCCUGCGCCUCUGCACCCGUCAACCCCCCCCCCCCCGCGCAGGGUCUGGCGCGGCUGGCCUCCCGGAACGCCCUCCCCGAGGCCGGGGGCGCCGCCUGACCCUCCUGGCGCCAGCCCGGGAUGGACGUCCGGCUUUGGCCUCCUCCCGCGCCUUCGGGGCUUCCCGCUCCAGGGGCUGGGGGUUGUCGGGCGGGGUUUCCCGGGGGCUGGCGGAGCAGGGAUGCUGCUGCCCUGGGCCCCGGGGUCGUGCCGCGCAGCCGCUGUCGGUCGCCGGCCAAAUAAAUGGCUGCGGAGCCCCAAGGGAGCCUGCAGGGCUGGGUUUCUCCGUCUCUUCCUCUGCUGGCAGGAGGCCUACCUGGAGUACCUGAGGAGCAUCCACUUCAUUUCCCAGGCUCUGCUGGAAGAGGCAGCUGCCGCGAAAGAUGGGGGUGAGGUGGUGAUGCCCCCCGACACAGCGAAGAUGCUGAAGGUGGCAGAGCAGUGCCUGGAGAGGGCCAAGAGCAGCGUUGCCAAGCUGGGAAGAGCGAAGGCAAAGCUGUCCACGGAGAGGAGUCUGGGCCCUACUCCCGGCUGCCGACACCGCAGGGUGUUGUCGGAUGAAGGGGGGAAGCUGUCCCCUUUCCUGCCUCCCGAGAUGUUCCAGAAGUUGCAGACGACUGAAGCGGCAAGUAUGAAAAAGGAACUCACCCCCUUGGAGGAGGCGUCGCUGCAGAACCAGAAGCUGAAGGCUGCCUACGAGGCCCGACUAGCGCGGCUGAACCCCAGCCAGGCUGUGCAGAAGACCUCUCUGACUCUUUCCCUGCAGCGUCAGAUGAUGGAGAACUUGGUCAUUGCCAAAGCCCGGGAGGAGACACUCCAGAGGAAGAUGGAAGAGCGCCGGCUGAGGCUGCAGGAAGCCGCCAACAGGAGGUUUUCCAGCAACGCAGUGUUGACCCAAGAAGAGCAGGAGCAGAGGGCCAUCUACGCUGCCAUCCUGGAGUACGAGCAGGACCACGAGUGGCCGAGGCUCUGGAAGGUGCAGCUGAAGAAGAACCCCAGUGAUUUGUUGCUGGUGCCCAAACUCAUCUCCCACCUGCUCAGCUUUGCCGAUCACCCCAUCUGCCAACUGCUGAAGAAGCUGCAGUGCUCCGUCUACAGCCGCAUCUACCCGCUUGUGAGCCAGAGUGUGGUGGACAGGCGAGUUCCCGGGAAGGUCACCCGCGGGCUGUCCCUCUCCUCCUCGCUGGAUGCGGAGGCGUUCCUGGCCCCAGCCCCCGAGGGACCGAGGCUGCGGGCUUCCCAGAGCCUGCACUCCAUGUUCUCCGUCCAGGAAAACAACAAGCUGAACCUCCGGCACAGCCUCUCCAGCACCCCCCUCAUCGAGGACCAGGGCCCGAGCCAGCCCCACCUGCUGGGCCGGAGCCUCCCUCGGGAAGAGCCGGCGCCCCCCCUGGCUGAGGCCGACCGGGAGAGCUCUUUUGAAGACCUGGAGCAGUUCUUGACCUGGAGCAGUUCUGAGGUGUGGCCGUCGGGCUUCCAGGCCGCUGCGGGGCGGAAGGUGUCCCAGCAGGAGCAGCUGAAGGCCGUGGUGAAGGACAUCCACAACGCCAUUGAUAGACUGCUCUCCCUGACUCUGCUGGCCUUUGAAGGCCUCAACACGGCCUCUUCCAAGGACCAGUGUGUCGCACGCCUUGAAGAAGCUUUCUUUGCCCCCCUCUGGACCCCACUCUUGGCUGUAUAUAGGAACGUCUACAAAACGCGGGAGCUGGCCCUGGCCAGGAGCAUGGAGCUCUACAGAAACACACUCCCCUCCGAAAUGGGCAUCUCUCCCAAGCUCCUUCCCCAGGGCAGUCGGCCCAGGGGGAUCGGCUCCUACCCUUAUUGCUCAGCCGUGCAGGAGUUGAUGCUGCUCCCCCUGGGGACCUGUCCGCAGAAGAAGCUGGAUUGCAUUGUGCGGACGUUGCGUGUUAUCUGUGAAUGCUCUGAGGAAUACUGGGGAGGCCGAGAGGGCAAGCCGCAGCCAGCAGCAGCCGCCAUCGGAGCAGACGACCUCCUUCCCAUCCUGUCUUACGUGGUGCUGAAGAGCAACCUGCCGCAGCUGGUGUCGGAGUGCACGGCGCUGGAGGAAUUCAUCCAUGAAGGGUACCUGAUUGGCGAGGAGGGCUACUGCUUGACUUCUCUCCAGAGCGCCCUCUCCUACGUGGAGUCCCUGCAUGGGCCGGCCCUCAGCAAGUAGCUGAGCCCCCUGUGGCUGAAGCCUCCGCCUGUCGUGAUCCACUCCUGCUUCUGUGCCUCCUCCCCGCCCCGUGCUGUCCGAGUCACAAAGGCUGCUGGCAGCCAUUCCCUGUGAACCUGUGAGAAGACUGAACUGAUAAUGCCUCCCCCAGACCCUGUUCAGGAUUUGUGGGGGUGGUCUCCUUCAGGCCACGUAUUGAUGCAAAUGCUGUGAGCGGUGCCUCCCUGGAGGAGGAGGGGAGGCAGAGGGUGCCGCCCUCUCUUGGUUGCAAGAGCUGACCCAGGACUUGCGGAUUUGUGGCUUGCUGCGACUUCUGAGCGGAAAGGGGGUGGGUGUGUUUGCCCCUACAGUGAAGCUACACAUGCAUGGCCCACUCCCCCCAGUCACUCCGUCUUGCAUAGUAAGGACACCCAAGGGCUUUUGAGGGAGGAGCCAGGCCGCCUGCCCCCCUGCUGCCAUCCGCUUGACCCCUGUGGAGUAGUUGUCGCCAUUACUUUGUGGCUGUGCUGCCGGCGGGGCUUGUUCCUGGGGAUCCUGUAGCUGGAUGGGAGAGGGUGGGCCCAGCUAGCACUCCUUUUACUCACUAUUUAUUUACUUCCUGGUUACCUGCCUUUUCUUCCCAACGAGGACCAAUAUCCUCCCCUUGUCCAUUUACUCUGCACAACACUCCUGUGAGGUAGACUAGGCAAAUGAGUGGCACUAGCCCAAGAUCACCCAACAAGCUUCCGUGGCAGCAUGGGGACCUGAAGUGGGUGCUCACACCUCUGAGUCAGACACUGUAGCCCCUGACGCCACACCGGCUUUCCGGACUGUUGUAUGAGUGAGAGAAUUGCAGAGGCUAACAUGAGGCAGGUUGUGCUUCUGUCUGCCCAGCUGUCCUCUCUGAAACUCUGGACGGGGUAGGCGGUAGAUGCUGCUUUGCUAACGACUACUGAAGACAGUGGCUGGAUUGGCGGGGGGGGGGGGGGGGGGUGCGUUAGCGAGAAUUUGCACCAUUUCCUGAAAAGCAAAGAUUGCAACAGGGCCUUGUCCACACUGGAUGGAUUUUUGAUGCCUCUGGAAUUGUUCUAGAGCUGCUGUUGAGCCAAAGGCAGCUGGACUCCACUGGGCUACAUUUUACAGGAACGCUGCUCGCGUCUUUGGGUGUGGGCCCUGUGCCGCCUGCCUGGGCCAGAGCAGGGGAAGGAAAGGGAACUCGUGCCCAGACUCAGCUGAGCUGAGAGCUGUAAAGUCAGAUUGCUGCUGGCCAAUUCUGUGAAGUAGAAGAGAUCUGGAUUCUGCUGUUUUCUCUGGCACUGUAACGCUCCUCAAAGUCCCCUGCCUGACCUCUCUGGCGCUGGCACACUGGGGCUGCUCUCCUUGUUCAGCUUCCAUAAUAAAGACAUAAUCUGCUGUA